CCCUUAGUCUUUUUCCUUUCAGGAAACACAUCCUGUUCACAUCUGACUGCUGUGGCAGUGGCUCUGUUUGUUGCAGCCAGCUACGCCCUGAGGCUCACCAAAAACAGCCACAAAAACAACCAUUUCCUCUCCAUUGAGAGAUAGGAGGAAAAAACUUCCUUGCAGCAGAGGUUCUGCUAUCCUGCUUCUACCUCACACAGCCCUGACAUUCGCAGAAGAACAGGGGCAGCAGAACAGAUUUCCUCAGAAUACACCAGCUUUCCAGGGCUCCUUGGGGAAUAAGUGUUGAAUUUUUCCUCAGAAUUUGUCUUGGUGUUAAGAAUGAAUUUCUACUGCGUCUGUGGGAUGCUCUGAGUUUGGGGCAGCUGUGAAACGAUUUAAGAGCUCUUGCUGCCUAACUCCUAUGCAGAUCUUAGUCUCCUCUCACAGCUGUGUUCCAGAAGGUUGAGGCACCCGGCACCGUUUGCAGGCAUUUUAGCCUCCACUAUCCAAGAAGGCAGCACUUCCUACAUCAACAUUUUGCAAGUUGGUUCCAGAAAGAAUGCACCUCAUCUUUCAGCUCUUCACCAGCUUGGCUCUGCUCAAAGUGCAGGAAGGUGGAUAAGGCACCGCUUGGGAAGACAGAACUCUGGAAGCCUCGCUUCUGCUCGUUAUAUGGAUUGCCCCUCUCUGCCUAGUUGCUCUUUGUGCAAUCAGAAACCUCCCAGGAGCUGACUUUGAGAAUGAAUGGUGAUGUUCUCUAGCCAUUCAUAACUUCAUCCUGCGCCUGCCUCCCAUCUGCAGCCCCAAUUAAAUGUACUGCAGCUGAUCGGGACUCUUGGAUCUUCUACAAAGAGAGGCUGCCAGCGGUUGAUGACAGUCAGAUAUGACUGUCCAGAAGCUGGUGGCCACAGCUGUGUUGGUAGCUCUGGUCUCACUUAUUCUCAACAACGCCGCUGCCUUUACCCCCAACUGGGUGUAUCAGACCUUGGAGGAUGGGCGAAAGCGCAGUGUGGGGCUGUGGAAGAUGUGCUGGCUGGCAGAGAAGGGAAGAGGAGGUGCAGGCACAGGUGCCAGGCAUGGGCAAGGGGCAGAGCGUGAAUGUGAAUCCUUGGGCUGGGGUUCGGAGCCAGCUGGGUUCCAGGAAUCUCGUAGCACUGUCAAACUGCAGUUUGACAUGAUGCGAGCCUGUAACAUGAUUGCCACGGUGGCUCUGACAGCUGGCCAGCUCCUCUUUGUGUUGGGAUUGGUAGAACUGCCCAUUAUCUCCCAGGAUACCCAGUGGUGGGAAGAAGCCAUAGCCGCGGUGUUUCAGCUUGCCAGUUUUGUUCUGGUCAUUGGGUUGGUCACCUUCUAUCGUAUUGGACCCUAUACCAGCCUGUCCUGGUCUUGCUACCUGAACAUUGGGGCUUGUCUUCUGGCCACACUGGCUGCUGCCAUUCUCAUAUGGAACAUCCUUCACCGACGGGAGGACUGCAUGGCACCCAGAGUCAUCGUUAUCAGUCGUACCCUGACUGCUCGCUUCCGACGUGGGCUGGAGAAUGACUAUGUUGAGUCACCAUGUUGAGAAUAUGUGGGUAAAAGGGGCUGACUCUUCAGAGAAGACGACAUACAAAAUGGACUGCUUUCUAUGAAAUAUGCCAUGUAAUUUAAACACUGAAGGAAAUCACUAAGUUCACUUUUCAAUUAAAGAAGCCCAACGUUAUUACUUGGAUGGGCUACAUCUAUAUACAUGUGUACAUUAUACACCAUCUCUCCUCUCUGAUGUACAGUGUAAAAUAUUAACAGCUUAACUAUCCUGAUGGAACUUCAGUCAAAAGUCAGGGAUAUUAAGAGUGGUGGCUUAUGUACCCAAACCCAGGAAAUGCAUCGCAAAAAAGAGGACAAAAUGGGGCAGAGAUUUAAAUAAACGUGCACCUGCUAAUUUAAAUGUACUGUCGCAAAUUUAGAAACAAUUGCUAUAAUUAAAUAGAAACACAAUAUAUUUCACCAUGGUGGGGAACAAGAUGGUAACCUGUGUGUCUGUGCAAACUGCUGUCCAGGUGCUAACUGUUGAUGGACAGCAACUUAUAAAGCCCUCCCUGUUUUCUUUCCUUAUGGUUCUUUAACUUUAAACCAGGCAUGAAGUAGAACGCCCUUCAAAUGGAGGAUGACUUUAAGCAGAAGGCUAUAAUCUGAGAAGUAGGGCACAUGGCCAUUCUAGGCAGAUUUGAGAUGUGGCAGAUCUACCCAAGAUGAGUUUUGUAGGACUGUGGAAAGGGGGAAAGAUAACCCAAUAUUCCAAGCUUGAAACUUGGUUCAGAGAAAGUUAUCCCGCAUCCAUUUUUUGGAUCCAAUAACAUAAAGCACAUGAAAGAGGAAAGGAAAACUUGUUCCAUGUCACAUUUUCAUCAACAUCAUACAAUUAAUAAUGCUUGUGUAACACAUACAUUAUAUUAAAGAGUCAACCAUCCAUAAUGUUAAGUGCAUCCAAUCUGGUAGGAACAAUUGUUUCCAUUUCAAAAUUUACAAACCAAAAAGCUACUGACAUAAUAGUAGAAUUUAUAAAGAAUGACAGCAAUUUUUUUAAAGAAUGAAAGUUGAAGGUUUCAAGCAUUUCUUCUUUAAAGCAAAUGUUUCAGAAAGCUUUGCAUGCUAUUAAACAGAUGAUAAAAAGUACACCCAAAAAACCCAACACCUUGUAAUGUGAUCCAUUUAUAUAUUUAUGUUAAUAACCACAGUCCCUCUUUUCAUCACCCUAAACAGUUACCCAGUUCAAAUUUUACUACUGGGCAUUUUCAUAUUUGGUGCUGAUUUGAAAGAUUCACUACUGGGUAUGUAAGAUGCCAUGUCAAAAAUUGAGAUCAGAGGCGGAUUUAAGACUGUGCAACCAGUUCCGCCACACUGGAUACCAAGCCUAGGGGAUGCUGCAGGGCAUCACAACUAUGGUGUAGUGAAUUAAGAAUGGAAGGCAAGAGGCAGGGGGGUGCUGAAUUUUGGCCUCACACGCUGAAAAUUUGAAAGACCAAAGUCCACCCCAGUUGAGAGACAAACUACAGACGCUAUCAGGAGGCGCAGACGUAGGGUAGAGUUUGAGUUGGGUUUACUAGAGAUGAAAGUUACUCCUAAUUUAACUAAUGGGAGUGCAAAAAUAUUGCCUUCCAACAAGCCUCAUAAUUCUGUUUGGCAUAGCACUGAAAUUAUUGUAAAACGGCCAGGUCCAAAACACAUGGAAGAAAGAAAGGUGGGAAAAGCAGGAAGUGACAUGUGUGUCACAUAAAACUGAAGAUGCUACAAUUUUGCUAUAGGCAUAGCCACUGAGACAGAGAGGUCAGGAUGACAGAGCUGUGAACUUAUAUAUUUGCUGUCUCUUUCCAGAGACUUGUGUAGUAUAUAUCUUUAAAUCUGUGCUUUGAUUUUUGGCGUCACCAGCUCAUCUUCUCCACCCCACUCCACUCCCACCCCAAUUUCAUUUUCUUCACACAGAAAAUAAUCAAGCUGGCUCUUGAAUUUCAUUACAAUGCAAUUUGGAUGCCAAAUAAGGGAGAAAGCCAAGUUUGUCACUUAAGCCGUAACACUGCAGGACAAAUUAGCGCCCAUAGCACACAUACAGUUAUUGAGGAACUAUAGUAAGUGCAGAAUACACACUAACCAUUCUUGGGUGUCUCUAGUACUAUGAAACUUCAUACAUAAAAUUAUUCAAGACAAUUAAAGUUAAUACUUCUGUGGACACUUACCUGAACACACUGGGUCUUGCUGUUGAAUAGGACUGUACUGUACCUAUACUGUUGUAUAGGAUUGUACUGUAAAUAAUGCAAGUUGGAACCAUGAAAUGAAAAUUGUGUGGGCACGCAACUAUGUGUUGAAACAAAUUGUCCUUUCCUGCUCUUAAUUUCCCACCACACUCCACGGCCAGCCUCCAGAAUUUAACACAGACUUGUAAGGCCAUCUUCCUAAGACUGCACUGAAUGAUCACAUAAUCAAAAACUGGAUUUUAUUUUAAAAUUUGCCUGGCUUGCUUUCUGGAAAAGCUCUGUAUGCUAAAAAUUAAAUGUGCUCUAAUUAACUACCUUUAAUAAAAUAAAAUAAAAUAUUGGAAUAUUUAAGACAUGUUAUUUCUGCUAAUAUUGCAAUAGCCAUACUAUAAUAAUGUGAAAUUAAAAACAAAUGGUGGCUCUGUGGCCAGUUCUACUGUUA